GCAGUCAGCAUGCUAUGCUAACAGGUGAUGGAUCAAUCUGACUUUGGGACAAACAGCUGAGGUUUCAUUUCUCCAUCACUCCCAGUGGGUCCAGCUGCUCUUCUUUUCUGAAACCCCCUUACCACGCACUCACACACACACCCACACCCACACACACACAUGCACACACACACACACACACACACACACACAGUCCCCUCCUCUCUGCGGCCCCUCCCCCUCCACCCUCCGUCUCUACACACAGACCACGGCAGCCGGACUGAUCGGAGGUGAGUUUGUUUCUUCAUGAUUGAUAAUACAUUCUUGAUAUCAUAUUCAGAUGAUAAUUCUUAUUGAUCAGGGAAAUAUGGAUCAUGUUGUGUUGAUGGUGUCUGUAUUGGCUUGUAUAUUGAUGAGUAUUGAUAGUUGACUGAUAAUGAGGGGAUGAGAUUGAUAACCAAUGAUGCUGAAAGAUUGGAGGUGCACUGACUCAGAUAAAAAUCAUGUUCCCUGAUUUUCUCUGUCCGGGAUGUUGUCUGGGUCUGGGUCUGGGUCUGGUCCCGGUCUGGUUCAGUCUAAUAGUGUGUAUAUUGGGAUUGGAUCAGAUCUUUAGGUCAGAUCCUGAUCAGACUCAUAUCAGCUCAGAAAAGCUGACUCAGAGGAAUAUCUAACCUGCAAUAAUCAAUAAUAAAAUGGGGAUUUAAUUAUCUAGUUAUCCACAGUUUUGGAUCCUAACGGGUCUGAUUGAAAUCUGGAUCCCUCUCUGGAUUUAAACUUUGUGGACAUGACAGCACUCAGUCCAAACUCUGACCGUCAGACGGUAAUACAUCCUUUAUUUGUUUAUUUCAAAUACAGAAUUAGCCUGAAAUUUAAUGUUUCAUUCAGCAGGAACUCACACACAGGCUGAAGUACACUCUGACACACACAAACAGGAUCUUAUAUGAACAUGCACUAAUGGAGAGGAGCAAAGUGAGGGGGCUGCACACACAGAGAGACGCACGCCCAGCGCUAAAGGCUUCAGGAACCUCAGGAGCCCAAAGGAGGUGAACUAGCACCUCCUCGGAUUGUAGACCGUAGCAUUGUUCUGUCAGACUGUAACUUUCACCUUUCAACUGCAACAUUACACUGUCGCCUGAAUUAUUACACCAUCAAACAGUAACCUUUAAGAUACUAAGAUAACUGUCCAAACUGUCAGACUGUAACUUUCAAAUGCCAAAUCUGUAACAUGGCACUGUGUGACUGUAACCUUUGGAAUGUCGGACUGUUACAUUACAGUGUCAGACUGUAACAGUGUAACAUUACACCGUCGCCCUGUAUUAUCACACCAUCAGACUGUAACUUUUAACUGUCAGACUGUGACUUUCAAAUGCCAAAAACUGUGACAUUAAACUGUGUGACUGUGACUUUGGAAUGUCAGACUGUAACAUCACCCUGUCAAGUUACUUUUUAAUGUCACACUCUUACUCUGCACUAUCAGACUGUAGCAGUAAUCUGUCUGACUGUAACAUUAUACUUUCAUACUGUAGGAGUUACUAUGAAUCUGUUUCAUUCUAUUGUUACAAUGUCACAUUGAGACCGUUCCACUUACUGUAGGACUAGAACGUAUCACUUUCAGACUGUAACAUUCUACAGUCUGUCAGAGUUAUGUUGAAAUAAACAAUAAAACAUUAAAAUUAAGUGUCAGUGUAACCGCCUGACUGUGAAACGUUACAGUCUGAAUGUAAAGUCACAGUAGGAAGUUAAUUAUCAGUCUGAAAAUGUAACUUCGCAGUCUCAAAGUAAAAUAUUGCAGUAUGAAAAAAGUAUAAAGUAAAUAAAGUUAUAAUCUUUAAGCAAAUGUGACAGCCUGACAGUGUAACUUUACAGUUUAACAAUGUAACAUUACAGUCUGAAUGUAAAUGUAACAGCCUGUCAGUAGAUGUAACACUCUGAUGUUGACAUGUUACAGUCUGACCUCAAAGGAAACAUAGAACAUUAUAACAUUAAAUGUAACGGUCUUUUAGUAAAUGUAGUUUUCUGAUAUGUAACAGAACAGGAAACUGUUACAGUUUUACAGUAAAUGUAAAAGUCAGCAGCGAAACAAACUGAUAGUCAAAAAUAUACUCAGUGAACCUUUACAGUCUAAUGGUUUAAUUAAUAGUUUGUAUCCUGCUUAAGGAAGCUCGUAAAGUCGUUACUGUCUCCCAUCAGCGAACUAAAGCUAGCCAUCACGUAACAGUUAGGGCCGACUGUUAGCAUGGUGAGGGUCCAUCUUUGUCCACGUGUUGGCCCAUGACGGUUCAUCUGAUCUGGAUCUGACACUUAGGGUCCAUCAUCGAUCGACCCUGAAGAUCACGUAAACGUCAGAGUCCAAACUGAACCAGACGUCUUUAUAUUUACGUCAAAGUUAAAAGGUUGAAAGUAAAUUUAUGUGGGAUAAACAAUAAUAACUGAGUUAAACAGAACCAGGAGUGAACCCUGCAGGGCUCUGUGCACUUUUCCUGAGCUUUAACGUCUCUGCAGGAAGAAUAACCAGGUCAGAUUACCGUCUGAGGACCUGAGUGAAAACACCCCCCCUCUAAUCAACAAACCAUUUCCUCCUAAUGGACGCAGAGCAGCUAACGUUAGCCUGAGCAUCCCACUCUGAGGUCUCCUGAGAACCAGAACCAUUAACACACACACACACACACACACACACACACACACACACACACACACACACACACACACACACACACACACACACAUACAGAUCAAUAUUUAAUGUGAGCUCAGCCGUAAGAAGAAAACACCAGAAGAGAAAACAACAAACAGAACCUGAGAUUUUUAUAAUCUGACUUUAUUUGCUGGUUCUGAACCACAAACUCUGAUCACAUGACCAAUGACAUCAUGGACAGGUAAAGAACACACCUGAAUGGCGUUGGUUUGAUCAGGUGGUAGAGCGAAUGUACAGAGAUUUCAUCCUCUUACCUUAAGCAGUGGUCACGGGUUCGAUUCCCACACAACUUCUCCUCCUUCUCUCCUGUUUCUCUUUUUCUCAUUUGAGUUUGACCCCAAUAAUCAAAACAAAAUAAGUCAAAGGAAAUAAAAUCUUAGUAAUCGGUAUAUUUUACAUCUGACAAAAAUUCAUUAUUUUAAAUUUGAUGUUCAUAGCAGAGAAACUUUGCCGUUUAUUCACCUCUGAUGUUUAUUAACAUUGUCACCUAGCACUCUGACAUCACAGCCUGCUCCGCUGUGAUUGGCCGGGAGCUACAGUAUAUGAAUUUAUGCUGCGUUCGAGUUUCCUCAGAAGUCAGAUGUUAGAGCUGAAAAUGAGUUCCCAGCGGUUCAGUUACCAAGUCGUAGAAAAGCAAAAUCAGUGGCCUGAGACAAGAUGGCUGCAUCUACGAAAGUUAUUUAAGCGCUUGCCUGAUAAUCGGACAAGUGCUAAAAUAACUCGGGUGUGACAUCAUCCGACUUCUGACUUCCGAGGUAACUCGAACGCUGCAUUAAUCUACACCACAAAAAUAAAAUCUAUAAAAUAAAAUCAGAAUCCGUAAUUUUCUGGUUCUGAACAGUGAUUGGCUGGCGGGAUCUUUGUUUUCUUUCGAUCUCUUUGAUUGGCUUUCAGGAACUGUUUUUUCUCCACUGACAAUCUGAUUGGAUAACAGGAUUGAGGAGAUUUUUCCUCUUUCCUACAACAUGAUUGGUGGAUGGGGAUUUUUCUUUUUCUUUCCUGUGCUUUGAUUCGCUGAAGGAACCUAUAACUGUCUUUCCUUCUCUCUGAUUGGCUGACCGGAACCUUUUUUUUUGCAGGAUGUUGCCGUCUCUGUCAUCCACCUCCCUCCACCUCCGCUCCACCUCCCCUCAACUCCAAAAGACUGCGACCUCUGACCCCCACGGUGUAACCAUGGAGACCUACUGGAGAGAAGUGCAGAGCAUCGAGGAAGAAGAAGAGGAGGAGGAGGAACAGGAGGAAGAGGAGGAGAGGAAGAGUAUGGAUGGUGAGUGGAAGUGACAGCAGAGUGGGAUAUCGCUAUUCUGUCUGAUGCUGACCCAUCUUUGUUUACCUGCAGAGGUGGAGCUAGAGGAGGCGUGGCUAACGGAGGCGGGGUUGUCCUCCCUGGUCAUGGGCUCCUCCACUGAAGAGGCUCCUCCCCCUCCAGAGGUGCUGCUGUCCACGUUGACACGGCAACAGGUCACCACAGUGAGGAAGAGGCUGGACAAGUACAACGAGACGCUGAAGACAAGAAACAGACAACCAAUCAGGGACGUGAGAGACGUCUUCACUCAGGUGAGGACGUAACUCACCUGGACACUAAACACUGAUACCCUCUAGUGGACACGAGGUGUACUGCAGAUUUUGGUACCACUGUGUUAAAGGUGGGGUUGACAGGAAUCCGUUAAAGGUGUAUUUACAAAAAUCCUUUAAUAUCAGUCAAUAGUUAUUAGUUAUUGAUGACAUUUGGUAAUAUAUCGAUAUCUCUGUGUUCUCUUAUGUCUGUGUCGUCAACAUUUGAACAUUUUUGAGCGGUCCGCUCUUUCUGACUGUAAACAAAGCCGUUCUCCACCUCCUCUAACCUGAUUGGUUGUGAGGCAGACGCUGCUCCCCCGUGUCGUUCAGGAGCCCAAACUAAAGUUAGCGUGCUACAAUAUCGGACAGUAGAAACCAACCAGAAAGUUCGGAAAAUUGUCUGAAUCCUCCUUUGGCCACGACUGCCGACACAAGCAAGAAAACAAAGUAAAUACCGGAGACUCUGGAGGAAUAACGGGCGCUUAAAACGGAGGUAGACCGGACAAGAGCUAAAAAGACGGGUCAACGAUGAUGGGGGUUACCGAUCUAAUCGCUGUACAGAUGACUUACAAGUGCAUUCUGGGAAAUGUAGGAGCAGUUUGAACAGAUGUCAUGACUCAGCCUUUUCUGUCUUUGAUACAAACACAGUUCCAGCCUGAUGAUGACUCAGCAGAAAGAUGCCCCUCCCCUCCCCCUGACGAUGGAGAGUCACCGCCAAGUCGAUACCACACCACCACCAAGACCAUCCGCAAACACACCAACAGGGGUAGAUCUGAGCAUGUCCGUGUGUUUCCAAAUAUGGACGUUUUUUUUUUCAGUCUGGCGCUCAAACCCGAACACCAAUCAGCUGUUUUCUGUUUUCAGGUCAUCCUACUCUUCACAUGUUCGUGUUCGAGGAUCAGUUACCUGAACACCAACAGACACACACACCUUCUCCCACACACACAGACUCUCCCACACACACAGACUCUCCCUCACACACACCCUCCUCACCUGUCGGUCAGUGGAGACAAGCUGAUUGGCUGCUGAGAGACUGUCCAUACUCAGAGGGCGUGGCCGAGCACAAAAAAGGCGGGACUUGCUGGGACUGUUUGCGUUUCAAUGGAGAUGAAAAUGGUGACUUGCCGGUGAGUGAAAGCUUUAACCCAAACACAACAUUGUCAACACUACAUUUCCCAUGAUGCUCUGUUGCCUAACACAUACUGGAUUACAGUAUUUCUGUGUGUGUGUGUGUGUGUAGUUUGCACCUGUCUCCCCCUCUCAGGGCCUCGCCUAUGCAGACGACCUGUCGUCAUGUGACCUCAGGCGUCUGGGCUUCAUCUCUCACAUCGAGCUCUCCACCUUCCUGCUCGCUCUGGGCAUCCACACCAAACGCACCCGUCCACCACGCCGCCGGACCCGAGGUGCGCUUCAUUCUUGCACCUCGGAGCGACUCUAACCAAUCAGAGCACUGAAAUGAAACAUCAGCUGUUGCGUCAGCGUUAACCGUCUCACCACCUCUCUCUCUCUCUCUCAGACAGCGGCGUGUUCGCCGUCCCUCUGAUCUCGUUGUUGGAGAGCGACAGGAAGAAGUUUCCAGGAGUCAGAGUCCCUGUUGUCUUCCAGAAGGUGAGAAACCUGUCUGUUUGUCUGAUUGGCUGCAGUUUAGGUCAGACCCCUCCAUGUUAACUGAUGGGACAUGAAUCAAACUAUAAAACUAAAACACAAGUUCAAAAGUCCAUCCAUGAGUCUGAAGGUUUCAGAAUAUCAGAUAAACAUCAAGUGAAGGUGAAACAUUAUUGUGUGUGUGUGUGUGUGUGUGUGUUAGUUGUUGUGUAUUUUAGAGCAAACUGGUCUGCAGACUGAAGGUAUACUAAGAGUACCAGCAUCUGCUGCAAGACUGAAGGUAACACAAACCAAAAUAUGAGCCUCACAUUUAAGGAUUCUUAGGUUAAAACCCUGAUAAAGCUGUCUGUCCUUCUGUCUGUCCUUCUGUCUGUCUGUCUGUCUGUCUGUCCUUCUGUCUGUCUGUCUGUCUGUAGCUGCUGCGUGGAGAACUGGACAGGUGUUGUGGAGGCUUCGACUGGUCUUCAGUCCGACAGGUAGACGCUGCCGGACUGUUGAAGCUUUUCAUCAGAGAGUUGCCGAUACCUCUGCUGACACACACACACCUGACCACCUACCGCUCAGUGCUGGGUAAACACACACACACACACACACACACACACACACAGUUCUGUAAUUUCAGAGUGUGUCUCCACAGUAUUAUCAGAAUAAACAAAGAUCUCUCUUUAACAAUGUUCAGUUUAUCAAACAGCCUCCAACAUGUUCAACCACUCAUUUAAAUACUUUACUCAUUUUUUCAAGCUUUUUGGCUGACUGUUGUUUUGUCACGAUUUUGUUUGUGACUGUUUUGGUUUUUGACUGUUUUGUGAUCACUUUUCCGACUGUUGUUUCCUUACUACUGUUGUUUUCUGACUGUUGUUUUCUUAGUAUUGUUAUUUUCUGACUGUUGUUUUCUUAAUAUUGUUAUUUUUCGACUGUUGUUUUUUAUAUAUUGUUAUUUUCCGGCUGUUGUUUUCUUAGUAUUGUUAUUUUCUGACUGUUGUUUCCUUACUACUGUUGUUUUCUGACUGUUGUUUUCUUAGUAUUGUUAUUUUCUGACUGUUGUUUUCUUAAUAUUGUUAUUUUUCGAUUGUUGUUUUUUUAUAUAUUGUUAUUUUCCGGCUGUUGUUUUCUUAGUAUUGUUAUUUUCUGACUGUUGCAGGUAUCCCCUCGGUGGUCCAUCAGGUUCAGGCUCUGCAGCUGCUCUGCCUGUUGCUCCCUGAAGCUCACAGAGAAACACUCAAAGUAAUCGAAACACACACACACACACACACACACGCACACACACACACACGCACACACACACACACACACACACACACACACACACACACACACACACACACACACACACACACACUGGUUUACCAUGGUGGUCAUGGUUACAGGGGACAACCUUGAUUUGUUUCCAUGGUUACAGAUAACUUGAACCUGGGUCCAAGGUCAUUCACUGUAUGCGUUUCUAUGGUAACAGGCUCUGCUGGUCUUCCUGCGCAAAGUGGUCUCUCAUCAGGACCAGAACAGGAUGUCUGUGUGGAAUGUCUCCAUGGUGAUGGCGCCCAACCUUUUCUCCUGGCGUCACCAUGGCAACAAGCGUUCAGUCAUCAAGCAACAAGCAGAAAUGGAGGAGGCAGUGGGCGGAGCUCACCUGGUCCGACUCAUGAUCACACACCAGGACCUGCUGU